CCAUUCAUCCUCCAUCUGCGGCACUAAUUGACCGUCAUAGAAUCCGGUUCCGGUCGGGAUUCAUCCCUCUUGCUCUCCUUCCAGACACAAACGCGCCGUUCUGUCCUCUGCAGGCCGAUGGGGAGGAAGGRGCUCUGCUUUUCCUCCGACGCCCAGGCCGAGGCCAUGAUCUGCUGCUUUCUGCCUCGACACGUCCCGAUGGCUGGGGCAGGGGGCCCGCUGCUGCCGUGAGAGGGUCCGCUCCUCAGCACCGCGGACAGCGACCAUGACGCGGCUGCGCAGGAGGGCUCUGGUCGCCCUCUUCCUCUUCACGCUCUUCAUCUUCGGCACCAUGAUGGGCCUCCGGACUCUGAAACCCAGCGACGGCUUCUCGGACCUGGCUCCCGGCAUGGAUCUGACCGGGGAGCGGUGGGAGAGGAGGCGGCCGGCGGAGGGGAAAGGCUCGCUGGCCUCGGCGGGCCCCUUCCAGGCCGCCAGCAGCGACACCAAGGUGGUCCUGAGCCGGUCCGACCGGGACUACAGCAUCUUCUAUGACGUGCACAUCUUCUACUACCUGUGGUACGGCUCCCCCAGCCUGGACACCAAGUACAUCCACUGGGACCACCCCAUGGUGCCCCACUGGGAUCCAAAGGUCGCAGCCGGCCACGCGCAGGGCAGGCACGCGCCUCCUGAAGACCUGGCCUCCAGCUUCUACCCUGAACUGGGACCCUACAGCUCCAGGGACCCUGUGGUGCUGGAGUCUCACAUGACCCAGAUCGAAGCAGCUGCAGCAGGAGGUGGCCUUCCAUAUUCAGCCAUACAAGGGAUGGACGGACCAGAGCAUGCAUGACAACAUCAAAUAUAUUAUUGAUAAAUAUGGAAAACACGAUGCCUUUUACAGAUUCAGGAGAAGCACAGGACAAGUCCUGCCUCUGUUUUACAUCUAUGACUCCUACCUGACACCACCUGAGUCCUGGGCAGAGCUCCUGACAGCUAAAGGCUCUCAGAGCGUCAGAGGUACGCCUUACGAUGGGGUUUUUGUUGCCCUCAUUGUGGAGGAGCGCCACAAACACGACAUCCUGGAAAGUGGAUUUGAUGGGAUAUACACCUACUUCGCCUCCAAUGGGUUUUCCUUCGGUUCAUCGCACCAGAACUGGAAAGCCAUCAAGACCUUCUGCGACGCAAACAAUCUGCUAUUUAUCCCCAGCGUGGGACCGGGGUAUGUAGACACGGCGGUGCGCCCGUGGAACAACCACAACACCAGGAACCGAGUCAACGGGCGUUACUACGAGACGUCCCUGCAGGCGGCUCUCUCGGUCAGACCAGAGAUCGUCACCAUCACGUCCUUCAACCAGUGGCACGAAGGCACUCAGAUAGAACGGGCCGUACCCAAGAAAACUCUGACUCGUUUGUACCUGGACUACCAGCCGAACCAACCAGACCACUACCUGCAGCUCACACGUCAGUGGGCUGAAAACUUCAACAAGGAGAAAGACAAGUGGCUGAUGUGAACCAGGUUCUGGAAGAGUCUCUGAGCAGAACCAGGGUUUACUCCUUGAGAGCACCUUUGUGUUUGGUAUAUUUUUCCUAUAAAACGUCCCUCAGAUGUUCAGAUUCUGUGUUUUGACUAACCAGUGUUUUUUCUACACAUAGAUCAAAUGACAGAUAAAUAAGACUUUAAAGAAGUUAUUGUUGGUUCCUGAUGAGUAUUUCUUGUCAAAUCAAAUAGUGCGGUUCUGAAAAUAAACUGCUGUGUUAUUGGUUAUUUUUUUCCUAUUUUACUACAGAACUACUGUUUUUACUGUAUAUUCUUUAUGUCCAAUUAAAAUGUGUGUGUUUACUGUG